AUGGCAAAACAGCACAAAGGUGAUAAACCAAAGAUUAGAUGUCUAUGCAGAAAAUGCAGAAAUGUGAAGUACUACUCUGUUCAUGUUGUUGAGAGUCAUCUGCUGUAUAAGGGGAUGGAUAGUACUUAUACAUAUUGGAAAUUUCAUGGGGAAACUCUGCCUAAUGAAAAUUCAAAUGUUCAUUCAUGUUGUGAUAAUGAGCAUGAAAUUAAUGCUAACAAUGCAAAAGUAAAUGAUGACAACAUACAAGAAAUUUUAGAAGACAUCUAUUGGGGGACCUUUAAUGAAGAAGAAUUAAAUGGUGGGAGCAAUAAGGAGGUUUCUUUUAGAAAAGAAGAUGAAUUGGAAAAUUUUGAUAGAUUAUUUAAAGAUGCUAAGCGGGCCUUAUAUCAUGGCUGCAAAAAGUAUUCAAUAUUACUUUUUGUUGUAAAAUUGCUACACCUGAAGGUACUCAAUCGAUGGAGUAAUAAAUCUUUUACCAUGCUUCUUCAACUGUUGAAUGAUUCCUACCCUGAUGAUAACUUACUUCCGUCCUCUUACUACGAUUCAAGAAAGUUAUUGGGGAGCAUUGGGUUGCGAUGUGACCUGGUUCAUGCAUGCAAGAAUGACUGUGUUCUCUUUUGGAAGGAAUAUGAAGGAUUGGAUCAUUGUCCAAAAUGCUUGCAAUCUAGAUGGAAAAUAAAUGAUGGCAAAGGUAAAAAAAUUCCUCAAAAGAUUCUUCGCUACUUUCCUUUGAAGCCAAGACUGCAGAGACUGUUUAUGUCAAGAAAAAUAGCAUCUUAUAUGAGAUGGCACAAGGAAAAACGAGUUGAAGAAAUAGGGGUCUUAAGUCAUCCAGCAGAUGGUGAAUCAUGGAAAGAAUUUGAUAAGAAAUUUCCAUGGUUUGCUGAAGAUGCUCGAAAUGUUCGUCUUGCAUUGUCAAGUGAUGGUUUCAACCCUUUCAAUAAUAUGUGUAACUCCUAUACACUUAUGUGGACUAUAAAUGACUUUCUGGCUUAUGGGGACUUAUCUGGUUGGGUGACCAAGGGAAAAAUGGCAUGCCCUUGCUGCAAUGAUAAAACGGACUAUCAGUCAUUGAGAAACAAGAUUGGUUACUUGGGCCACCAUCGCUUUUUGCCUGAUAAUCAUGUGUGGCGAAAUGAUGGCAAAAAAUUUAAUGGCAGGGUAGAGAGAAGGUUGAAACCACGGGAAUUGUCAGGUGAAGAAAUUCUUGAACAAUUAAAAGUUGUUGAGGGUGUAACACUUGGAAAAAAUCCAAAUACUAAGAAAAGGAAGCGCAGUCUUGAAGAAAGAAACUAG